AAAACAGAACCGCUGGCAAGUUCGGUUGACGGCGAUUUCACGGUUUUGCGAAGUUGAUAAUUGCAGACAGAAACAGGUUCAGGUCCAGUGAUUGUGCUUCUGUCAUUGGUGUGUUUCUGUGCUGUCUCAAUUUUCUUUUGUGAACUUUGAAUAUGUGGAAGCAGCAGCUGUGUUCUUGGGAGUUCAAGGAUAUCUCGUGAGUUUGGAAACGUUUUCUCGGAAAGCCCGUGUCUUUGCGUAGUGCAAUAGCCUUAGACGCGUCAUUGUGCCACGGAAAACAAAUGUAGUGACAAGAUUGGGUGGAGUGUAAGUCAACACGUUCUUGUGCAAUCGUGAAGCAAAUAUCUUGAUAAAAGAUACUGUGCGGGUGUUCGGAGGCGUAGAUGUAGGUAAUCUGAGAAAUAAUUCCGUGGAGGAGACAGAAAAAAAGCCGUCACUCGAUAGAAAACAACGAUGAGAUCGCAGUUCAGCCCUUUCAACACAUCGCUGAUGACAUCGAGCGGAAGUACAUCCGCUGCGUCUGCUGCAAUGCCUCAGCGACCACCCCGUCGAAGGGCUCAAUCGGUUGGAAACUCGGCCUACGGUAGUUCGCUGGUUUUCGCAUCUUCGACACCGAGGGGAUCCUUGUUCAGUGCCAAUGACGAGGAAACAAGUUUGGUGCGGAUCAAAGUGGUGGCCGCUCACUCGCUGACCAAGAAAGAUAUUUUCGGCAACAGUGACCCGUACGUCAAGGUGGACAUCAACACGAUCGUUGGCGAAGUGAACAUCGAUUCCAUGGUUACAAAGACCAAGAAAAAGACCCUCAAUCCGGUAUGGAACGAAGAAUUCACCCUCCGGGUGAAGCCCAACGAACACAAACUGGUCUUCCAGGUGUACGACGAGAAUCGGCUAACGCGAGAUGGCUUUCUGGGCAUGGUGGAGCUGACUCUUAUCAAUCUACCACGGGAACAGGAAGGUCGAACGAUAGCCGUAAAAAAUUAUCCACUUCGGCCGAAAAAAGUAUCCGGCAUGUUGCGAUCCAAAAUCAGAGGAUCGCUGGAUAUUUACCAUGCGGUCAUACGAGACCAGGAUGCGGGAGAGCAAAGCUCGUGGGGAACCGCGGAACCGUCAGCAUUGGCUAGUUUUCGAGCGGUCCCUACUGCGGUUCCGAACGUGGAUGCUCUACCGCCCGGAUGGGAGGAACGACAGGAUGCCAUCGGACGAACGUACUAUGUGAAUCACAUUGCCCGCACGACACAGUGGGAACGGCCAACGGCGGCCCCACCGCAGCAUGGCAUCAACGAAAUGGCAGCUGCCUUCCAGCGACGUUUCCACAUUAGCAACGACCCGGGAGAUACCGAGGGUACCAAUAGUAAUGCGGAUACACUAAGCAUCACAUCCGACAGUAACGCUAGUCUGCUACUGGAUCGAUCGGUCAGCGGUUCCGUCAGCUCUCUGAAUGCCAGCGGGUCCAACAUCGCCAACAAUAAUAACAGCAGAGGUGGCCUGUCUCCGUCGCCCUCGUCUACAUCUCUCUCGAAUGGUACCAGCGGUAGCAGCAGCAGCAGACCAACACGGCCCGCCCCGUUACCCCCGGUAGUGUCAUCACCGACGGCUUCGGUCGGAGCCACUCCAACUAGUGUCCGACGGCUUGCGCCACAACCUCCGAAUGGUUCCUCGACUCGGGAACCGACAGCGAAUGGACGACAUUCUCCGGAAAACAAUGCCACGGUGGAAGACAACAACAACUGGUUGAACGGCAUGGCAUUAGUGAAUAAUCAGCAGCCCAGCGAGGAAGGUCAACCGCCGGAGACGUCGGAUAACUCAGCUACUCGAGCGGCCGAUGCUAGUCCAUCCUUCACUAGUUCACCGAAUCCGGAAGCUGCUAAUCAGCAAUCACAGCUGCCUAGUUCCGAGGGACUUCCACCCGGUUGGACCAUGCAGUUUGCCGCCAAUGGACGGUUGUUCUUCAUCGACCACAUCAGCAAGAAAACCUCCUGGGUAGAUCCCCGAACGGGAGUGGCUAGUUCCAUUCCUGGUGCCUUGUUGAACAGUAAUUCCUCGGUUGGUGGUGGUGCGACUAGCGCUGGUGCCGCUGGUGGCGUAGGUAGUCCAAACGCACGGCAGGAAGACGAACUGGGUCCCCUGCCGGAAGGAUGGGAGGAACGAGUGCACAGCGAUGGUAGAACUUUCUUCAUAGAUCACAACACCCGGGCAACCCAGUGGGACGAUCCGCGGUUGUCGAAUCCUAAGAUCGCCGGCCAGGUUGUGCCCUAUUCGAGGGACUACAAACAGAAGUACGAGUAUCUCAAGAGUCAGCUAAAGAAGCCGGCCAACGUUCCGAACAAAAUCGAUAUCAAAAUUAGGCGUACAUCGAUCCUGGAGGAUUCCUACCGAAUCAUCAACUCGGUAACCAAAGUCGAUCUACUGAAAACCAAACUCUGGGUGGAGUUCGAAGGCGAAGCGGGGUUGGAUUACGGUGGGCUGGCACGAGAAUGGUUCUACCUGCUGUCGAAGGAGAUGUUCAAUCCGUACUACGGUCUAUUUGAGUACUCGGCCAUGGAUAACUACACACUGCAGAUUAAUCCCAACAGUGGGCUGUGCAACGAGGAGCAUUUGAACUACUUCAAAUUCAUCGGUCGAAUUGCCGGAAUGGCCGUCUAUCACGGUAAGCUGCUGGAUGCCUUCUUCAUACGGCCAUUCUACAAAAUGAUGCUGCAGAAACAAAUCGAUCUGAACGACAUGGAAUCGGUGGACACCGAGUACUACAACUCGCUGCUGUACAUCAAGGAAAACGAUCCGUCCGAACUGAUGUUGACCUUCAGUGUGGACGAGGAAAGUUUCGGAACCACUAGUCAACGGGAGCUGAAACCGAACGGAGCCGACAUCGAGGUGACGAACGAGAACAAAGAUGAGUAUAUCAAAAUGGUGAUCGAGUGGCGGUUUGCGGCUCGAGUGAAAAACCAAAUGCAAGCAUUUCUGGAUGGAUUCGGCUCGUUGGUACCCCUGAAUCUGCUGAAGAUCUUCGACGAAAACGAACUGGAACUGUUGAUGUGUGGCAUCCAGAGCAUCGACGUGAAUGACUGGAAGCGAAACUCAUUGUACAAGGGAGAUUAUUAUGCGAACCAUGUCGUAGUGCAGUGGUUCUGGCGAGCGGUUCUAUCGUUCAGCAAUGAAAUGCGUGCGAGGUUGCUGCAAUUCGUGACGGGAACCUCUCGGGUUCCGAUGAACGGCUUCAAAGAACUGUAUGGAUCGAACGGACCUCAGAUGUUCACAAUCGAGAAGUGGGGUACUCCGAACAACUAUCCGAGGGCACACACGUGCUUCAAUCGAUUGGAUCUCCCACCGUACGAAAGCUACUCGCAGCUCAAGGAAAAACUGGUCAAAGCGAUCGAGGGAAGCCAAGGAUUUGCCGGUGUAGACUAGACAGACAGUCUCUGAACACAGAAAAAAAACAAACAUUCCUCAUCAAUAAGAGCACAUUAAUCAAACACACCAGCCACGGCAGCACAUUACACAAAGCUUAGUUUCUUCAUUCGAGAAAGUCACAAAUCGAUUCUACUUCUACUAAGCCAUAAGAAGUGAAUAGUGGUGAAAAAUGAGUUUGACAGGUGAACUAACAGACGUCUGCCAUAACGAGUCGAGUCUCCUCAACCAAAAUAGGGAAACAAAAAAAAAAAUAAGCAAAGAUAAAACUACUACGCCUAACGAAAGAAGGAAGUAACUCUGUGUCAUCGAAAAGUGAGAGUGCCUUGCAAGAAACGAACGUGUCGCGUUUUGCCGAUUAUGAAGCAAUCGCUGUGAAAGAUUGAACGAAUCAGUCCUGCGUUUAGAGAACAACCAAAUAUAUUUACGCUGACAGCUAGGAACCAGUCACUUACGGAGGGUUUCCGCUGCAAUUUUUCUGUUUGAAAAGUUAUUCCAUGCCGGCCAACCCAGUGAUUUUUGGAAUGCCGUUCAACGUGAUUUUGAAUUGCUUCCAGAUUUGGUCGAAAAUGUGAAUAUGUACAAAAUUGAAAAGAAUACAAAUACGAUUAAACUAGCCGAUAGGAUAAGACAAACUCGCACAUAAUGUGGGGAAUCAGCACGAAACCUGUAUGUAUUAUUAAAUUUUUAAUAAAAUGCAUAUAUUCUUCGACGCUUUCCA